UGUAAACAAAAAUCAGCAAUGUACAAUUAAUAAUUAUUUUUAGAGGUUAAAAUAUUUUCAUCAAUCAAUCAAAUGGGUCGCCGAUUAUCUGCCAAUACAUUGACACUAUCGGAGUUUAUGCUUAGACAGCAAGUCCUCAGUCUAUACAAGUCAUUCAUGAAACAGAUUAACCGUACGGACAGCCAACGUGAGCUCCGGGAUUGGAUUAGACAGGACUUUGAGGCUAAUAGACAUCAUACACAACCGGAAACAAUUAAAAUGCAUUUAACACGGGGUAGGACUGUAUUGAAACAAUUGGAGACAACUAUGCUAUUAUCAUCAGCAGCAGCAGAAAAAUGAUCAUGAUUUGUUGCGCAACACUUGCGACAUAAACUUACGGCACUA